ACAACACAACAAAGAAGAAACUGGCCGGCCUCUCCUCUCUCACUUUCCUUUCUUAUAAUUUUGCAGUUUCGACGCAUACGAGAGACUAGAGGGGUCCUCUCUCUCUCACACACAUUUUCUCGAACAUAUUAAAUUAAAUACAUUAUUAUUUCUUCUUUGGAAAAACUUCCAUUAUUAAUUAAGCUAAUUAAUUUAUUUUUAUCACAAAUCCUUCUUCUCUCUCUUUGAGGACCUUUUACAGAAACAGAGCUCUGCUAUGGCCGCCUAAACUUCCUUCUUCUUCUUUUCUCUGUGUGUGUGUGAUUAUCGGUUAUUUGAAAGGCAAACUAUUUGGUUAGUGGCUUCUAGUUCUGGGGGUCAGAUUAAUAUCUUGAAUAUCAAGGUGGAGAGAAAUAUUUAGGAUGACUAAUAGUGAAGAGACAGGUAGUCCGGGUUGGGGUGCUUCAUUCUUCAUGCAGACAAGGGAUGAUGUUGCAAGAGCUGUUGCUGCGGCAGCUGCUGCUGCCACUGCUUCUCGUUCGCCUCGGCCAUCUGUGGUGUUUUCAUCAAAAGAUGAUACUGGGGGUAGCCCAAUUGAAAAACUGCAGCGUCAAUUCUCAAGAGUGCUAAAAGGAUUCUCACAGCCUCCUGCAGUGAAAAGUGCAAAUUACAAUCCGGAAGUUCUGACUAGCCAGAAGCGGCAAUGGGCAAGCUGUCAGCUACAAUACUUGGAUCAUAGGUCUUUAAAGGAGCCAACAAGGCUUUUUGAGAGCAUGGUAGUUGUCGGGCUUCAUCCUAACUGUGAUAUUCAAGCACUUCAUAGGCAAUACAUUGCCAGAAAGUCUGAAGGUUCUGGAAGAUUGCGAAGCGCUCUAAGUUCUCAGAAUCAAUCACGUGUAGAACCAAACGUUGAACCCCAGGUCUUAUUUGUUUACCCUCCAGAAAAGCAGCUGCCUCUUAAAUACAAAGAUCUUCUUUCAUUUUGCUUCCCUGGAGGCCUGGAGGUUCAUGCUAUUGAUAGAACUCCUUCCAUGAGUGAGUUGAAUGAAAUUCUUCUUGGGCAGGAGCACUUUAAACAAAGCGACCUCUCCUUUGUAUUCCGGUUACAGGUUGCUGAUGAUUCAACAAUGUAUGGAUGCUGUGUGUUAGUUGAAGAACUUGUACAAAAGCCCUUUGGAUUGCUUUCCAUGAUUUCAGAUAAACAACCUUCUUGCCCACCUUUAAGUCGUCAUAUAUUAACCACAAAGAGAUGUUAUUGCAUUCUCUCGAGGCUUCCCUUCUUCGAAUUGCAUUUUGGUGUACUGAAUAGCAUCUUCACAGAAGAAAGGUUGGAACGGCUAACAAAAGAUAUUGGUCUUCUAAAUCCAGAGUCCCUUGAGGAUUGUAGGGAGGAAGAAAAUUUAGAAGAAAAUUCAGAUGAUGUAAUACAGAAUCACAGAGUGGAGGACAUGCUGCACGGAACAGCCGAAAUUUCUGAAUUAAGUUUAAGAGAGUCUAAACUUGAAAGAGUUACAGAUGAUGCAAAUCAUGAAGAGCAUGAAAUGCUUGAGGGAGACUUUUGCUUGUUGAAGAAAGGUCUCAAUGAUAAUGUUGUUCCUAUAGAUCUAGAUUCUGAGAUGGUAUCAGCGAAAAGAGAAUCUAGCACUGCAAACCCUGAAGAUUGUGAUAUCUAUGUGGAUGAUUGCUCAUCAAACAAGCAAGUGGUAGAAAGGCGUUUGCCAAAUGCUGUCCUGCCACUCCUGCGGUAUUAUCAGUAUGAAAGCUCUGAAUCUUCCUCUAGUUUUCAGGGUUCUCCUAGUGAAGAUAGAAAUUUUAGAAGUGAUGCUGACGAUACUGAGACAGAAGAGGCGUCUUUCUCUGGCCAGGAAUAUCCCAGUGACCUUAUUGAUAUUCUUGAAUGGGCUAAGGCAAAUAACCAUGGGCCAUUACAGAUCAUAUGUGAGUAUUACCGGUUACAUUGCCCUGCCAGGGGUUCAACACUUAGGUUUCAUCCUUUGGAGCACCUGCAUCCUUUGGAAUAUAAUAGACCAGAUGAAACAGUUUUACAUAUUGCUGGCUCAACUAUUAAUUUGAGAUCAUGCAGUACAAGUCUAGAGUUUGCUGAGGCACACGGUGCACUCUUAGUGGAGGAGGAAGCGUCUGCAUUAUCAGUAUGGGCUAUUGCAUGCAUAUGUGGCUCCUUACGACUUGAGAAUGUCUUAACAUUGUUUGCAGCAGCUCUGCUGGAAAAGCAGAUUGUGGUUGUUUGUUCCAAUCUGGGAAUCUUAUCUGCUUCAGUUUUGUCCAUUAUCCCUCUAAUCCGCCCCUACCAGUGGCAAAGCCUGCUAAUGCCGGUUUUACCAAAUGACAUGCUGGACUUUUUGGAUGCACCUGUCCCUUACAUUGUUGGUGUAAAGAACAAAACCAAUGAAGUUCAGUCAAAGUUGACAAAUGUCAUUCUACUUGAUGUCAACAAGAAUCAGGUGAAGUCACCGUCGAUACCUCAACUGCCACAACAGAGGGAGUUAUUUUCCUUGUUGAGUCCUUAUCAUGCAAAGCUUGUUGGAGAAAGUUAUUUGGGGAAGAAACGGCCAGUGUAUGAAUGCACAGAAGUGCAGGUCGAAGCAGCAAAGGGUUUCCUAGCAGUGCUAAGGUCUUACUUGGAUUCUCUUUGCUCUAACCUUCGUUCCCACACAAUUACAAAUGUUCAAUCCAAUGAUGAUAAGGUAUCAUUGCUUUUGAAGGAGAGUUUCAUUGACUCAUUCCCCAGUCGUGAUCGACCAUUUAUGAAGCUUUUUGUGGACACACAACUCUUUUCUGUACAUACAGAUCUUGUUCUUUCUUUCAUCCAGAAGGAAUAGUGCUCUACCAUGCAAGGUUGGCUUGGAUUUUGUGUACCUUUCUGUGUAACGUGAACGCAAGUUCAGUAAUGUGUAAUUUUUCAAUUAUAUUAUGAGUUAAAAUUUUCCUGGCGUGAAAUGCUGCUAUAUUUUCUUGUUCUUCAAAGCUCAUCCACGGCCAUCCCACCUUUAAUGUAUAAUUAAAUAAAGCCCUGCUUUUGGAUUAAGAUGUAAUAUUAGCUCAGCAUAGGCAGACAAAAUUUAGAAAGUAUAGGUAGAUAAAGAUAGAAAUCCUGCAUGCCAUCUAACUUGUGAAUACCAAUAUUGUAUUUGAUAUAUAUAUUGCAAUUCAUUUCGCUUGCUCUUUCCA